AUGAAGUCUUUUCUUAAAAGGCUGGUCAUAGAUGUCGAUCAACCUACUAAUGAUAAGGAUCCGGUGCGGCUUGCAUUUCUUGGAGGAGCCAAAUCGGGCAAGACGUCGUUAAUUUCCAAGCUCACUAUGGGAAGCUUCCGUGAGACCUACUACCCUCUGCAACAGACGCAACCAAUAUUAUUCACAUACUAUCCGCAAUCCACGUUGUCGAAACAAUUGCUAGAUACAUAUUCACCAAGAAACACGCUUAAUCUGGCGCUUAUAAAGGAGAAUGUGGUCUUGAGUCCAGUGGUAUACAACAACUUGGUGAGCAAUACGACCAGGAGACCUUCACCACAUCCUGCUGUUUCGAUGAAUUCACCUACGAUUCUUCAGUCCAAUGACAUCUACACGAUAUAUUCUCGAGAUAAUCAGACUCACACAACUCCAAUUUUGAUGGAGCUAAUAGACACCCCUGCUUUCAACCCCACCCAGAUCGUGCCCUUCCUAGAAGCAUCGCUUUAUAUCAAGCUAGAGAAAGACAUUCUACAUAAUCUUGCGGAUGAGCCUCGGCAGCCUGUGAGCACUAACCCCCUUAUUGUUGCUAGUGGAGCCAGCGAAUUGAAUGGAACGAUAGAUGGUUACUACUUUGUCUACAGUGCCGUGCCUUCAAGUCUACCUCCUCCUUACGAUGAGUCGUCUACUGAAGGCACAUCAGCCACCAAGACGCAGAAUGCCUUUGACCUCUUACCCAUAAUGAAAGACGCAUUGGACGAGGCGUGGCAAGAAUACUACACAUAUAAAGUAUCUUGGGAAGGAGGCAAGGAGUCAGAUGUCUUUUCGUUCAAAACUGCUCUAAGAGGACUACUUAUAGACGAAGUCAAAAAACCUGCACCAGUCUUUGGUGGCCCUGGUGGCUCCAAACUACUAGACAUCUCGUCAGACCCUGCUGACCCAUCAUGCCCACCACCAAUAUGGCUUGUGUGUACGCACUGUAAUCUGCCACUAGCCUCACCACUACUUAUAGAAGAAGGCAGGCAGUUGAGCAAAAAAUGGAAGUGCGGCUUCCUAGCUGUGGACGUCCAGUCAGACGUGGAAGAAGCGAUUGCCCUCAUGAUCAGGGAAUUGGUCGAGCGUCGCCAACUCCGAAAGGCUUACCGAAAAAAAUAA